AUCCUCAGUCGACUCUGAAUACAAGAGACGAGGGAGAGAGAGUGGUUGAAUUCAUGGCGGCUUCGAAGCUUCAAGCUUUCUGGAACCACCCUGCAGGCCCUAAAACCAUCCAUUUUUGGGCCCCAACUUUUAAGUGGGGCAUCAGCAUAGCCAAUGUUGCUGACUUCACUAAGCCACCUGAGAAACUCUCAUAUCCUCAGCAAAUAGCUGUUACAUGCACUGGAGUUAUCUGGACACGCUAUAGUACUGUAAUCACUCCGAAAAACUGGAAUCUUUUUAGCGUAAAUGUUGCCAUGGCUGGGACAGGGAUCUAUCAACUUUCACGCAAAAUCAAACAUGACUACUUCCCGGAGCCAGAAGCUGCUGUUGCUGAAGAAUGAUGACUGCGAAAAACAAACAAUGACGAAAAUGUUCCAGACUUCCUUCUCUGCGUCCUUAUCACUAUUAUUUUUUAGACCAUGUUGUUAUUGCAAAUUGAAAAUGUGAUCAAUGAUCCUAACUCGUGGGGUUUUGGUUGGUUGGUUGCUUUUGUAAGGUUUGUUGAGUCCAUAACUGCAGAUUCGUAUUGUCAUUAUGCUUUCAAACCUCUAAUAAUUGUUGGGCAUGCAUCAAAACAGGUAAAUUUUUGUUCAAA